AUGCCCGGUAGAAGAGGCAAGCAGCGCGUGAAGCGAAAGAAGUCCAAGCGGCAGAAGCCGUCAGAGAUGGAGCGCGUUUUGGUGGAUAGCAUUCAUGGACGCCGGCGGAAGGAGCGCCAAAUCCUAAAGAACCACAUCCCGCCGCCAGUGAAGCUUCGCACUAAUAAGGUGGCCCUUGCCACCACGCUUCCUAUGUUUAACGCCAUGCCCGUGAAGAAUGAUGAGACAGGAGCCACAGCUGCCGCUGCCGCUCCGGCUGAUAAGCCAGCAAAGGCGAAGAAGGCUUCUUCUUGCCAAAUGUGA